AUGUCCCAAGUGAAGCUCAUCCUUCGACAGCCUCCAUACAUCGAAUUUGUCCAUGGAUACCCCAGCAUUCCUUCGGGAGGUAUAGACAGACCACUUGCUGCAGUAAAAGGCAUGGAGUCGGACCUCAGGGAGUCAAAGCAAAGUGGCUCCGCAUGGAGCUGCGCAAAGUCGAGCGGGAUACCGAUGACAGGAGAAAAUACGUUUUUUGAUUAUGUUGGGCCCAGUCUGGUCAAUGUCUGGACAACACCAGAGGAGUGGGAGGUAUUGAAGUCGUCAGACUUCCCAUUCAAUAUUCGCAUACCCGAGGCCAUUCCGCCGACACUCACCUUAGAGGGGCAUGUGGGUAUCAAGUACGAACUCAUUGCCAGCUUGUGUACGAAAGGUGAACGUGGCUUCUUACACAAAAUAAAGUCAAACGUUGUGUUGACCCAAAACGAAAUCGUCAUCGACAAGCAUGAUCUGCACUCUAUGUGGCCAGUGUACUGCCAGACUGAUGUGCAGCGAGUUGAGCUCGAUGGUUGUCUCUUUGACCGUCGAGCGUCAUCAAACCUGCUAUGGCCCCGGUGA